ACGUGGGAUUGAACUCGGGUCGUCGGGUCUACAAAUCGCGAGCAUGGUUAAUACUUCCACCAUGAUCGCGGGUCAAUCGCACAGAACGGUGAGCCACUCGACUCCACAUAUUAAACAUUAUAUUGAUACCUUGGAUAAAGUGGAUAAAAGAUACACUGGUAAAAAAAUCUCGAGGAAAGACAUGUACAGCGACGAAGGUGAUGAUAUGAAUGAAGAUGUAGAAAGUGAUUCAGAAGAAAAUGAAGAACUCAGCGAUACAAUGGAGGAAAACGAGGAUAAGUUAGACAGCGAUACAGAAGCCAGUUUGAAAGAAGGAUCUAUAAAUAAUUCAGAUAAUGUGUCUGAUUUGGAAGAACAAGGCUGUGAUAUGGAUAUUGAUACACAUGAUCCACUUUACAAACAGAUGAAUUCUACUAUUAAAACAAUGUCUGAAACAAAUGUUGAUACAGAAAUAGAGAAAGGUAACUGUGUUAGGAAUCAACUAAAGCUAUGGGAAAAUUUCUUGGAAAUGCGGAUAAAAUUACAGAAAUGUGUGGUAAUUAGUAAUCAAAUGCCACAGUAUGAUGUUCAUAAAGAACUUGGAUCAGACACAAAUUUUGUAAAGAAAGUCAGUGAAACUAAAAUGAAACUGGCAUUAAUCAUGGAGAAUAUGUUGCGACUAAAAGAUAUUUUAUUGAAACAAUAUCCUGAAACAAAGAAUCUAUGUAUUGAUACUAAAAAGAUAAAAACUGACAAGAACAUAGAUACAAAUGAUCCAUUAAAUGAAGAAAUAUCUUCUGAUACUGAAGACGAAUUAGAAAAUGGAGAGCAAUCAUCCAUUGUUAAAGACACAGAAGUGAUAGAAGAUUUAGUACCUCGAAAACGUUUGAGAUAUAAUGAUUAUGAGAAAGUUUUACAGAAAGAUCAUGACUUGUAUAAAAAGUACAAAGAUUCUGUUAUAAAAAAAUGGAAUGAUAAGACAUGGAUUGCCACAGGCUUGUUAAAUAAAAGUUCUAAUCAGACUACGUUGAAACAAAUUGAAUUUGCUAUGAACGAUAUAAGCAAAUUACGAAAGAGAACUCAACUGAAGCGUUCUGAAUAUAAUAUUGUCGGUAAAUGUUUGUCAAAUGAUGAUAAUGAUGGUAGGAGAAUGCAGGAAUACGAUCCAGAAAUUUAUGACGAUGAUGAUUUUUAUCAUCAACUGUUGAGGGAUCUGAUAGAAUAUAAAUCAUUGAAUGUGACAGAUCCUAUACAGCUUAGCAAACAGUGGAUCCACUUGCAAAACAUGCGUAAGAAAAUGAAAAGAAAAAUUGAUACACGUGCGACGAAGGGUAGGAGGGUACGAUAUAAUAUUCACAAUAAGUUAGUUAAUUUCAUGGCACCUAUUACAGUGUAUGAUAUAUGGACAGAUAAUGCAAAAAAUGAAUUGUACAAUUCUUUGUUUGGUAAGAUAAAAUCAACGGAAGAACAAAUAAAAUAGAUUGAUCAUACGCAUAAUUAUUUAACGAAUAAUGAGCAACGACUAAAACC